AUGGGGGCGCUGUCGCGGCCGGAGGAGGUGCUGGCGCUGGUGAAGCUGCGGGUGGCGGCGGGGCAGAUCAAGCGCCAGAUCCCGCCCGAGGAGCACUGGGCCUUCGGCUACUCCAUGCUCCAGAAGGUCUCCCGCAGCUUCGCCCUCGUCAUCCAGCAGCUCGGACCCGAACUCCGCAAUGCCGUGUGCAUCUUCUACCUCGUGCUCCGUGCCCUCGACACCGUUGAGGAUGACACUAGCAUCUCGACCGAGGUGAAGGUGCCCAUCCUCCAGGAAUUCUACCGGCACAUCUACAACCGCGACUGGCAUUUUUCGUGUGGAACAAAUCACUACAAAGUGCUGAUGGAUAACUUUCACCACGUAUCCACAGCCUUCCUGGAGCUUGGUCAAGGUUACCAAAAGGCAAUAGAAGAAAUCACUAGGCGAAUGGGAGCAGGAAUGGCAAAAUUUAUACUAAGGAGGAAUAUCAUUAUGAGUUUUCAUGACUUAAGAAUGGAAGUUGAAACUGUCGAUGACUAUGACGAGUAUUGUCACUAUGUAGCCGGGCUAGUUGGUUAUGGACUUUCCAGACUCUUCUAUGCUGCUGGGACGGAAGAUCUUGCUCCAGACUCACUGUCAAAUUCAAUGGGUCUAUUUUUACAGAAAACUAAUAUAAUUAGGGACUAUUUGGAGGACAUAAAUGAGAUACCAAAGUCUCGCAUGUUCUGGCCUCGAGAGAUAUGGAGUAAAUAUGCAGAUAAGCUUGAGGAUUUCAAAUAUGAGGAAAAUUCCGAAAAAGCAGUACAGUGCUUGAACGAUAUGGUGACUAAUGCACUAAUUCAUGCUGAAGAGUGCCUUCAGUACAUGUCAGCCUUGAAGGAUCAUGCCAUUUCCCGUUUUUGUGCAAUACCCCAGAUAAUGGCAAUUGGAACAUGUGCUCUUUGCUACAAUAAUGUGCAUGUCUUUGGAGGAGUUGUAAAGAUGAGACGUGGUCUCACAGCACGAAUAAUUGAUGAGGCAAACUCAAUGUCAGACGUCUAUACUGCUUUCUAUGAGUUUUCUUCAUUGAUAGAGUCAAAGAUUGAUGACAAUGAUCCAAAUGCUGCUCUGACACGGAGACGUGUGGAUUCAAUAAAGCAAACUUGCAAGUCAUCUGGUUUGGUAAAACGGAGGGGAUACCAUUUGGACAAGUCACCUUACAAGCCCAUGCUGAUCAUGAUUGUCCUCGUGCUGGUGGCUAUUCUUUUCGGGGUACUGUAUACCAAGUGA